UUGGACUGUUCAUCAUCAUCAUUCAUCGUCUCUCCCAAGAAAAAAAGAAACCAUGAAAAUGAAGAAGAAAGGAAAAGUUUACCCAUCUCCACCUCCUCCAUCAUCAUCUUCAACUACCCAUCUCAACAAAGAUGAAGAUGAAGAUUCUCUCUCUGUUUUGAAGCUUUUACCAGCAACGAUAUUGGUUCUGGUCUCAGUUCUAUCAGCUGAAGACAGACAAGUUCUUGCUUACCUAAUCACAAGAGGUACCACCAUUUCUGGCAAAGAAGGAGGAAGCUCUUCGACUAAGAAGAAGACGAAGAAGAAGAGCAGCAAGAAUCACAAACCACCGGUAUUCGAUUGUGAGUGUUUCGAUUGUUACACUAACUACUGGUUCCGUUGGGAUUCGUCUCCGAAUCGUGAGCUUAUUCAUCAAAUCAUCGAAGCUUUCGAGAACCAUCAUCUCACUGGUGGUGGUGAAGAUGGUAACUCUUCUCGCAACAAAUCUAAGAGAGGUAAGAAGAAAGAGAAACCGGGUCGUCGGGUUACUGAUUCGGAUAAACCGGGUCUUCUUCGGGUCAGUGAUGAUAAGGAUACGGAUACUAAACCCGUCGUCGUGGAGGAGGAGCCAAUGACCGAAGAAAGUACUGUUGUUUCAGAGAGCCAACAAAUGUCGUCGUCAUCAUCACCAGAUAGAUUGAGUGAUGAAGCUGAGGUGAGGGAAAGAGAUGAGCCGGAGAAGGAUGAGGUUGUUGUUGUUGUUGUUGAAGAAGAUGAAGAAUCUCCGGUGGUGGUUUAUCCGACGGCGGCGGCGGGGAGUGUGACGGGACACAAGGGAUUAGCGAGGAAGGUAUUGCCGGACGUGUUGGGUUUGUUCAAUUCCAAUUUUUGGAGGCUUUGGAAUCCGAACGCGUAAACAAAAAAAAGCAUCAUCGGCAAAAAAAAAAAAAAUUAUGCUUUUUUUUCAAUUUUUUGUUGUUGUUGGUACUGCUAUAUUCAGAAAAUAAAAAAUCUCAAUCUUGUUAUGCUUUUUUUAUUUUCUUUCUCUUAAAAGAUAUGACUUUAGACUAAUCUUGGUUA